GAAGUUUUAUUACAUUUUCGAAGUGUCCGCCAGUUUUAUUGUAAACUUUUAAUUGAAAUUAACAAGUCUGUCUGGCCACGAGUUGUUUUUACAUUAAAAGUUAACUUUUAACUAUCAUUAGCUGACACAAACCAACUUUAAUUCAUAAUUUAUAAUUUAUAAUUAAAUUCCUUAAUCUAAUAAGACGUAAAGGUUUUUUGUGAAAAACGCUUUGAAAAUAAACCAUAUUUUUGUAUUUUAUUUUCAUAGCUAUUUGCAAAAAUUGAGUCAUGGAGCAAUAUAUUGUCAGCAGUAAUAGUGCACUAGAAUUGAAAUUAGUGCGUAAAGUCAGUGAUAUAGGAGAUACAAAAACUGCUUUUCAUCCAGAUAUGACAUAUCAAGUUUUUGGGAAUAUGGAGAAAAUAUUUGGUUACAAAGAUCUUGUUGUUAAAAUGUAUUACACAGCUUGCUCUUUAAAACUGUACAUUGGUGUUGAAUAUUCAACAAAAGUAGACCCUAGCAAAUUUGAUGUAAAUCCUGAUGACAUAAUGGAAAAACUUAAAGAAUACAUUAGUCCAGAUUUCUGUACUAAUUUAAAUUUAUUUGAAAAAUAUUUAGAAAAUGAGUCUUCUUUAAAGCCAUAUGGAAAGUUACUUGAUGAGUUUUUAAUAAGUGAUCAUAAUGAUCAAAUAAAGUAUGAAGUUUAUGUAAUUGAAGAUGAAAAUACUUCAUUUAAAGAUUAUUUUAAUCAACUACAAACAUUUGUACUAUGGUAUAUUGAUGCCUCAAAUUUUAUUGAUUUUGAUGACUCAAAGUGGAAAAUUUUUAUGAUGUAUGAACUUUUUAAAAAUGAAAAUGGUGAUCAAUGUUAUGCUCCAAUCGGGUAUUGUACAAUUUAUGAAUAUUAUGCUUAUCCUGAUAAAAUUCGACCAAGAAUCAGUCAAAUGUUAAUUUUACCACCUUUUCAAAGAAAAGGAUUAUGUGCUAAACUUAUAAAUUCUGUUUACAAAUAUUAUUCAUUAAAAUCAGAUGUUAUUGAUAUUACAGUUGAAAGUCCAAAUGAUGAAUUUCAAAUUGUUCGUGAUUUUGUUGAUGCAAGUAAUUUCUGCCAAUUAAAGUCUUUUGAUAAGGAAAAACUAAAGAAUUUACAAUAUAAAGAAAUGGUUGAAGAAUUUAAAAGACAUUAUAAAAUAAAUCCAAAACAAAUCCGUCGGAUUCUAGAAAUAAUACUAUUACAAAAUACCAAUCGUUUUGAUUUAAACGAGUAUAAUAAAUACAAAAAAUUUGUUAAAGCAAGAUUAAAUUGGCCUCUUCAGAAAAAACCAACAAAAUUGAUGCUAGCUAUGCCUCCAGGAGAAGCUGAUAAAAUUUUGAAAGCUGAUGCUGCUGAAAAACUUGAAGAAGUAGAUGUAGAAUACAAUGAAUUAGAACUCUUUUAUGAUAGAGUAAUAAAAAGACUAGAGAACAAACAAAAUAUAUAAAUCUAAAUGCUUUGUCAAAAAAGUUAUUUAUUAUUAUUUAAUGUGAAAUAGUAUAAUUUUCCGUUUAAGUCUACUAUUUUUAUUGUAUUAAUAUACAUUAUUGUAUGUGUUUGUUCCUCUUCUUUAAGGCAAUAGUUAGAAACUAUACAAUGUAAUAUUUUUACUGUUUAAAUUGAUUUUUUAUACUUGCAACUUUUUUUUAAAUUUAAUUUUAUUUACAAUAAAAAUUAAGUCAAUUUUAUGUUUGUAAAGAUA